AUGGGAAAUAAGAACUCAACAGCUGUCACCGCAUUCAGUAAUGCGAAACAUGUUGAGCCAGUAUCUGGUUUCUCCACGAAUGCAUCUGAAAUUCGACGUAUGAACAUGCGAAGAAUGCAAAAUGUCCUCCUUAUUUGGUUGGACAACAAUAUUGAUGAAAAUAAUGCAUGUUGCAGUAAUACAAUCAAGCAAUUGAAACGUGUUGUUAACAACGUAAACACAUUCACAGAUAGUGAAGAAUGUGUUGAAUUUAUUCAAACCAUUAAUAACAACAAAGUAUGUAUGAUUGUUUCUGAUUCACUUAAGAAGCAGAUUUUGCCUCAUGUGCAUAACAUGUCCCAAGUGGACACCAUUUUUAUUUUUUCUAGCAAUCAAGAAUGGUAUAAACCAUGGGCCAAAGAAUGGCGUAAAAUAAAAGGAGUGUUCACAGAUAUAACAUCAAUCUGUGAAGCUCUUAAACAAACUGUUCAUCAAUGUGAGCAUAAUGCCAUUUCGAUUAGUUUUAUGGCAUCAAACAAGAAAUUGGAUCAAUUAGAUCCAUCAUUUAUGUAUACUCAGAUCUUGAAAGAGAUCUUCUUAACCAUCGACUUCGAAGAAAAACACAUUAAAGAAUUUAUCACUUAUUUUCGUGAAGCAUUUGCCGAAAAUGAGUAUGAUUUACAUAACAUUGAAAAAUUCGAACGUGACUAUCAUGAUCAAAGACCUAUUCGGUGGUAUACUUCUGAAUGUUUUUUAUAUUCGAUGCUUAAUCAAGCAUUAAGAUUCAUGGAUGUUGAUAUUAUUCUUCGAAUGGGUUUCUUUAUUAAUGAUCUACAUCGUGAUAUUCAACGACUCCAUUCUGAACAAUUUCAUGGUCAACAAUCUGAUGAAACAUUUACAGUUCAUCGUGGGCAAUGUCUUUCAAAAGAGGAUUUCACUGAAAUGACAAAAACUGAAGGUGAACUUCUUUUAUUUAAUAACUUUUUAUCGACUAGUAGAAAUCGUGAUGUUUCUCUCUGUUUCGUACCACAAGGUGCUACGAAUCCUGAUCUUGUUGGAAAUCUAUUUGUUAUGUUAAUAAAUCCGACUGAUUCAACCACUCCAUUUGCUUCUAUUUGUGAUGUUAGUAAUUUUCGCAUAGAAGAUGAAGUUCUCUUCUCUAUGCAUACUAUUUUUCGCAUAGAAGAUGAAGUUCUCUUCUCUAUGCAUACUAUUUUUCGCAUCGAAGAUAUUAAACUAAUGGAUGAAAAUAAUGAUAUCUAUCAAGUGAAUUUAACAUUGACCAAUGACAACGAUCAAGAUCUUCAAACUCUUACCGAUCAGAUCCGACAGGAGACCUUUCCAGAUUCGACAAGAUGGUACAGAUUAGGUAAAUUGCUAAUUAAAAUGGGCCAGUUUAACAAGGCUCAAGAAGUGUAUGAAGUUUUAAUUCAUCAAACAAUAAGUGAGAGUGACAAGGCACCGAUCUAUUAUCAACUAGGUGGAAUCAAACGUAAUCAAGGAGAAUAUCAAGAAGCACUUUCUUAUUAUAAAAAAGGCUUUACAAUUCGACAACAAUUACUUCCUUCUAAUCAUCCUGCUUUGGGAGAUUCCUAUCACAGAAUCGGUAUUGUAUAUGAUAGCAUCGGUGAUUAUCCAAAAUCACUUUCUUAUUAUGAAAAAGCUCGCGCAAUUCGACAACAGUCACUUCCUUCCAAUCAUCCUGAUUUGGGUGCUUCCUGUAACAACAUCGGUUUGGUGUAUGCGAAUAUGGGCAACUAUUCAAAAGCUCAUUCGUUUUAUGAACGUGCUGUACAAAUUGGACAACAAUCAUUACCAACAAAUCAUCCUAAUCUUAAAAUGUAUAGAAGAAACCUCGAAAUCGUAAAAAAGAAAUUAUAA